AUGGCUACCUACUCCCAAAUGUCUUGGUUGGAUCCCGCCCUACUCUCAGACGAAGACGCGACUCCUGCCUCUACUCCGCAGCGCGAAGUAUCUCCUCCCAUCUCCAAUGAACGGAAGAACCCCGACGCCCCUGCGGUCCUCGCCAGACUCAACAUCGACGACAUCAAACGCCUCCCCGACGUCCUCUUUUGCGACAUCGUGCGCGGCGGCCCUGGCGGUAAUCAGCAAGUCGCCCGAAUUUAUAUGCUCCCCGAGCGCCUUCCGUGCCCGUGGCCGCCCCGCGGCCCGUUCGCGCCCGUCACGCGCGAGGAUCUGCAGUUCGUGGAGCUCCCUGUGGACUGCGAUGGCGCGGUGGGUGUUGCUGAUGCCUUGGAGCGUGUGGGUGUGGACGCCGAUGCCUCCGAGAGCGACAGCGACGACACAGCCAACGUGGCGACAGAGUUCAAGUGGCGCGCGUUCGAGCCGCAGACCAGGUCGUUCGGCGCAGAGCCGCUUUAUAGCACGACCGACCUCUCGGAUGCCAUUGUACUUGCUAUCGGCCAGGAUGCUCAGCAGGGCGAGCAAAGUGGCGAGGAGUACGAGGGGGAUGGGGACAUCGCAGCUGCGAUUCCCGUGCAAGCCGCCCCCAGGGAGUCCAAACGCAAACGCUCGCGCCAGGACGCUGGCACCGACGGGAAGGCGAAGAGGAUCAAGCGGACGUACGCGAAGGGGUUCGAUGAGGACGGGUGUGUGCUCGAUUUGCGGCGAGCGUCUGCGCACGAAGGAAGAGAAACGCCAUGCGAGCAGGUGUGGCGGCAAGAUCACCAGGUGCAAUCUCUGUGGCGAAAAGAUCUCGCGUGGUGA